AUGUGUAAAGAAACCUACAGCAACGGUUACCCUGCCUUAUUUAGUACUCCACCAUAUAAUUUCUUUUAUGUAGAAGUAAUGUUGUGGCGAUCUGAUUACAACUUUAGAAAAUUGAAUACGCCCUUAUUGUAUUGUAUAGUUUUUGUAUGGUCUGUGCUGUGGAUUUUACUGGUUAUAGAGCGUUUUACGUAUGGAAGAUUAGUCUGGAAUAAUAUGUAUUUAUGGCUUGUAGCCAUUCCUUGGAUAUGGAUGUUAUUAUUGGCGGGCAUGGCAAUUGCUAACCUGAGUAAUAUAAAUACAAGCUUAGGGAGAGUUUUUCGCAUGGGAGCAAAGGAAUCUCUUAUUAUUUUUUCUGAUGCUAUUGAAUGCGCUCUUUACAUACAUUCGGCAAGUACUGGUACUGAGCUUAUACAUGGCAAAGGAUUGAACCAUUACGCAUCAGGACAUAUAGAUCCCCGCUUAAACAGUGAGAACGUAUGGCAGUCUGGUUUGAUGCUCGUACUAACAGCUCUGCAUGUCGGCGGUGCAUCUUUCUGCGCACAAUCGAACGGUCGGAAUCGAUCGGUCUACAACAUGUAUGAGAGUAAUUUGUGGAUAUUACCUAUGUACUCUAAAUGUACUCUUGUCGGUAAUUACUCGCAUCUUUUGUCAACAUUACUAUUUGGCGGAUUGAUGUUUUCUUACAUGACAGUUGCCUUUGUACUGCUCAAGACGGCGCUGCACACCAUAUUCGAAUACAGAGUGAAAUUAGUUUUCGUGGAGCAAGCCGUGGUUGGUGGAUUGAUUGUGACUUGCAUGGCGUUAAGUUUACUAUUCGCAACCAGUAAUGGGCUUGCAUUGUUGGAAAGCGUGGAAGCUGUUAUGUCCGGCUUAGCAACACCGUACGUGUGCCUGCUAGAGUUAGUGGCAUUACUAUACGUGUACCGCGGCCACGACUUUAUAUCAGAUAUGAACGUCGCCACAGAAGAAAAUUUGUGCUCUACAAGAAUCAACACUCAGUGGCACAUAAUACCAUUUAUUGCAUUAAUUGUCAUAAUUUUGAAAAUGAUAGUGCUAAAUCACAAUGAGCUGCCGGAGCGUUAUAUGUAUAUAGCGCUAACGCCGCUUGCCGCUAUAGUGCUGUCGGUGCCGUUGAGGGCGUGUCAUAAUGCCUAUGUGUUCUUGCACUCUACUAUGCGCCGACGAAAUAACUAA